UGCUUUUGAAUAUUCAUGUUGUUUGAUGCAGAUGUGUCUGCAACACAAUUUAGUGUUUGUGCCAAUGCAGAUGACCAGGUUCCCCAGCUGAAUCUGGAUCUUAUAUUACAGAAUGAUCGUCUUCUGACUAGCUAUGCCAACUGUCUUUUGGAUAAAGGAAAAUGCUCAGCUUCUGGAUUAUCUUUGAAAAAGAGACUUCCUGAAGCAAUCAAAACCGGGUGUGGUGAUUGUUCAAAGGAGGAAAAGGAGUAUGCUAAACAAAUUGUCAAGUUUUUGGUCAAAAACAAAAAGCCCAUGCUUGAGGAAAUCUUGAAGAAGUACGACCCUAAUGGCACUUACAAGGCAAAAUAUCAACAUAUUUUAGAAAACUAGAUUUUUAUGUAAUUCGUUAACUUCAAUAAACUGUUUGUGUGCAUAACUUAA